AUGGCCGCGCGCCGGUCCUGGGCGGAUCUCCACGACGACCUCUUCGCCGAGAUCGCCCGUCGCCUGCCGUGCCUCGCCGACCGCGUCCACGCCGCCUGGGCGUGCCGCUCCUGGCGCGACGUCGUGCUGCAGGACCCGAGCCCGCCCCAGCUCCCGUGGCUCCUCCUCCCGUACCAGAGCGCCGCCGCCCUCCCGCACGGCGCCACCCGCAGGGCGUCCUUCUUCUGCGUUCUCUGCGACCGCGCCCACCGCGUCGCCGUCCCGCACUUCACGGGCCGCGCGCGCUUCUUCGGCGCGUACCCCGGUGGCUGCCUUUUCCUCGCCUACGGACAGAGCUACAACCACGGGCUGAUCAACCUCCGCACCCACGAGAGCAUCCACCUCCCCGACUACGGUCACCACGACGGCGACGCCAUCACACGGGGCGGAUUGGCGUCGCAGCAUCCCAUGCUCAUCCUCGCCGCCACCCUUUCUGCCCCGCCGUAUUUCUCCUUCUCCGGUAAGCCGCAUAUUACGUUCUGGCGCAUGGGGAGCCGGCUGGCCUCCUGCACGUCGCGGCUGGACGCCGCCGCCGAGGACGUCAUAUACCACAACGGCGCCUUCCAUUUCGUCACCCGGCGAGGGGAUCUGCUCGUGUGCACUCCAGAAUUCCAAAAUGAAGCGCCCGUGGAGCAACUGCGAGUGCGGAGUGAGUACCGGAUUACGGUGGGCCUGAUGAACGCCGGCGCUCGCUACCUCGUCGAGUGCCGCGGCGAGCUUCUGAUGGUCUUGCGAGAUCAGGCUCAUCAAGAGGUGACGUCGUCGUUCAGGGUGUUCCGGAUGACGCCGGAGGAGCAGGCAGUGGACGCCGACGGUAUCGUCCUCAACUAUGCUUUCUGCAGCUGGACCGAGCUGCCCGCGCUGGAUGGCCGGAUGCUGUUCGUCGGGCGCGGCUGCUCCACAUCCUUCGAGGAUGCUCAUUUCCCCGGAUCUCAGGAAGGCGUCUACUUCUUGGACGACGGGAGUUUCCACGCGGCGCCGAUGAUAUGCUACGGAGACGGGCCCCUGCAGUACAGCUGCUGCAACGACGGGGUCUGGUCCGGGGCUCCGGGCCGCCUGACCAUGUCCGCCACUGGGUCCGGGGACAACGCCCAUCAACCUACUCGCCUCCUACUCGCCUGUUGUCGAUCUUGCUUUGCUGCCACUCGAUGA